GCUACUGCCGGCGCUUCCUGCUUCGUCAACUGUUUCAUGCUGCGUGGUCGACCCGUCUUGUUCGUCCACGGACUUCCUUGCCAGCGGAAUUAAGGAUGUUCACGGUUUCCUUAACGGCCUACAAACCGUGAAUCUGCAAGUCACCCCCGUCGGUGAUGCCCUCCUGGAUCGUCCAAUCAUUGAAAGGCCCAGUUCUGUGACGUCGGUUAACGAGGAUAGAAAAGCUUCACCGGCAUCUUUCCUCUUCAGUGGGCGAGGCGAUAGCAGCGAGGACAGUAUGCUCAACCGCUGUCUGCUUCUUUCGCAGGUAUGUUACCUUCAGAACGCUCAUUGUGUACGGUCCGAUAAUCGCUUUUUACUGCUAUUUCCUCGCCCACAUGGAUACGAUCACGGUAUUUGUUGUUUUGUUGACCUGUGCUCUCAGCUGGUGUAUUGCAUCAAUAGCCUUCUCCUUAGUGGAGACGUUGAAACGAAUCCAGGACCACCAAAAAAAGACAGCAAAAAAAACAAAACAAGAUAACGUAGUUUCGGUUACAGAGGACUCGAGGGCUGCUAAUUCGGGUGAGAGCGAUAAUGACGGAAGAGAUAUCGAGAGACAACCCACAGUUUCGGAUAUGUUUGCUGAAUUGCUGGCUGGCCAGAAAAAGAUGGCUCAGGACAUAGCUGAAAUCAAAUUAUUCCAACAGUCAGUUAACUCCCGAUUUGACGCUCUUGAAGCACGAAUGGCUGCCCUCGAGUCGCCUUCUGCCACGCCAAGUGUCCCUUGUACAUCUUGUGACAAUCUGCUUAUAGAGCUUAAGUCAUUGUCUGGUGUGGUAGACAGACUCGUCGCGAGGAAUGACGACAUGGAAAACCGCUCGCGCAGAAAUAAUCUAAUCUUAUAUGGCCUCACCGAAAGCGCAGACGAAACUAGUGAGUCAUUACUCUCUAACGUAUCAAAAAUAUUCUCGGAUAAACUGAUUAUUGACUGCCCACGUAUUGAAAGGUGCCAUAGAAUAGGUCGAAAACACGACGAUCGUUCACGUCCUGUCAUUAUGAAACUCCUUGAUUUUCGCGAAAAAAUGGAAGUAUUGAAAAAUUCUUUCAAGCUUAAGGGUUCAGAUAUUCGUAUAUCGGAAGACUUCUCUGUUCAUGUCCGUUCUGUUCGAAAGAAAAUAUGGGAUGCGACGGCCUCUUUCCGUGACAGUGGCUCCUCCGUUCGCCUUCGAUAUGAUCAUGUGUUCAUCAAUAAUGAGCGAUAUAAUUGGGAUGUUAAAACUAAUACUCUGGUUAAGUGUUCCGACUACUCCGCCCAGUCUACUACCACCGCCCCAUCUACUGGUGGUCGUUGACUCGGCCGCGGUUUAAAAGACGGUUUAAGUGAAAAUCUUUGUGUCUUGAAUGUUAACGCCAGAAGUUUAGUAAACAAGUUCCCCGAUUUUCUGUCACUAAUUUCUUCCCACUCUGCUCACAUUAUUGGAGUCACUGAAACAUGGUUACAUGAUGGCAUAUACGACACCGAAAUUACACCCUCUGGUUUCUGCGUGGUUAGAGGUGAUAGAAAGUACGGGCGUGGCGGUGGCGUCGCACUCUUUUUAAAGUCCAAUAUUAAAUUUUCAGUUAUACA